AUGUCGGACCCGAAUCAGCCGACACACAUAACGGUUACCGUUCACGGGGCUCGUGAGCUGCACAGUACUAAUCUGAUUACAAAGAUGGACCCGUACUGCAUCGUGACCAUGGGGAGCCACACGUUCAAAACCAACGUUGACGAUCAUGGAAACAAUACGCCGACUUGGAAUCAAACGUUCAAAAUGGAUUAUGCGGGCGAGGCGCAAAUGAGAUUCAGAGUGAUGGAUAAGGACAAGCUCACGAAGGAUGACUACGUCGGCAUGGCAGAUGUCACUCUGUCCCCCAUCGUAUACGGAACCCGUCUGUAUAAUGCUGAGAUUGAGCUAACUCGGAAGGAGGGCCGACGCGCGGGGUACUUGAAGAUCACAAUCGAGUUCGAUCCUAAGGUGAAGGCGAACGAGUCUGCUCCUCCAUCUUCAGCUUCAGCACCAACUUUCGUAGCAUCAGCUCCAUGCCCCGCAGGAUACACAAUCGGUUAUGGCCCCAGCCCUAUGCAAGCGGCACAGCCCGUAGCAGGAAUGCCCUACUACGCCCCACCGGCUGGCUACCCAGCAGGACCACCCGCGUAUGGUGUAGUACCCUCUGCAGCUUACGCCCCGCCUCCUGUAGGGUAUACCGUCUCUCCAGGCGUCGCUGCCUAUCCGCCUCCUGCGCCGUACGGACAGCCUCCUGCGCAGCAAUACUACGCGUAUCCUCCGGGAAACCCGUACCCUCCAAGAUAG